GUUUCAAAGACUAUAUAUAUCACGAUUAUUGAAAGAGUAUCUCACAUUCUCACAUUAUGGAAGGAACUUCUCGAACACUUCCUUACACCAUAAGAUUCGUUGGUCUACUUGGCAGUCAUUCUCUUGGUAGAAAUCCAAAGUUUAUGGCUACUGCGGUAGAUUUAGGAAGGGAAUUGUUAAGACGAAGAAUUAGUCUUGCUUAUGGAGGAGGCAACGUUGGCCUACAAGGAGCUGUUGCUUCAACAGUCUUUACCAAUGGUGGUCUCGUUAGAGGUUUCAUUCCUGGGUACAUAGCAACACGACGGGUCUAUGGACCUACGUACGGUGUAGAGCACACAGUUUCCAGCAAUUACUACAAAUAUUUUGAGAUGAAUCAUGCCGUGGAAGCUUUCAUUGUUCUUCCUGGAGGAGUUGACACUAUGGAAGGUUUGUUUACCUUGAUCUCGUGGGCUUCUAAAGGGUUACACAAUAGACCCAUUGGUCUUUUAAACAUUGACAGUUAUUUCAAUAACCUUCUCAAAUUCUUAGACGAUGCAGUGAGACAGAACUUCAUGGCUUCUAGUCAGAGGAAACUUUUUAUUUCUUCUUUCUUUGUUGGCGAGCUUUUAGACAAACUAGAGUUUGCUAAAGCUUUCCCAGGUCCGGGAGCCGGUUACGACGAGUUUGCAAAUCCUGAGAGAUUAGACCUAGAAUUGCAUCUUUAACUUUCCUCAUGUAAUCUAAGUUGCAUUCAUGUUGAAAUAAUAUCGUCCUUGAACAUUACGAGUUAGUCAUAUAUAUUAUUCUAAGCUAAUGGGCUGAUAAUCGAUUAUCACACUCUGAUAAUCGAUUAUCAAACUUCAGAGAGGGCUGAUAGUCGAUUAUCACAUUCUGAUAAUCGACUGUUGCUCAGCUUUGUUACAAAAAUCUGCAGAACGAUGAAUAAUCGAUUUUCAAGUUG